AUUUUUUUUUUGGAAAGGAGAUAGGAAACCCUAGUUUUUGAGCUCCAAUGGCGGAAGACAACUCGGAGACCGUGGUGUACCUCCAUGGCGACCUCGAUCUGAAGAUCAUCGAGGCGCGGUGCUUGCCGAACAUGGAUUUGGUGUCGGAGCGUCUCCGCCGGUUCUUCACCGCCUUCAAGACGUGCCACGCGCCGUUCACGCACAGCCACCACAAAAACAAGCACAAGGCCCACCGGAAGAUAAUCACGAGUGACCCUUACGUCUCGGUCUGCCUCGCCGGAGCUCGGGUGGCUCACACGCGAGUCAUCUCCAACUCGCAGAACCCGAUUUGGAACGAGCACUUCAAGAUUCCCCUGGCUCACCCCGUCUCUCACGUCGAGUUCAUCAUCAAGGACAACGACAUGUUCGGCGCCGACUUGAUCGGAGUCGCGUCAGUCUCCGCUCAGAGAAUCGUCACAGGCGAGUGCAUCAGCGAUUGGUUCCCGGUGAUCGGAUCGUUCGGGAAGCCGCCGAAGCCCGACACCGCAAUUAGGCUCGAAAUGAGGUUCACCAGAUGCGAAGACAAUCCCGUGUACCGAUUCGGAAUAUCGACGGAUCCGGAUCGUUACGGGAUCGGAAAUUGCUAUUUUCCGGUGAGGAAAGGCGGGUCGGUGACUCUGUAUCAGGACGCUCACGUUCCCGAUUCAAUGUUGGAGAAGAUUGAAUUGGAAAAGGAAAAUUCGUUUCAACACGAGAAGUGUUGGGAGGAUAUAUGCCAUGCGAUUCUGGAGGCUCACCAUUUGGUUUACAUCGUCGGUUGGUCAAUUUACCACAAGGUGAAGCUGGUGAGAGAGCCGACCAGGCCAUUGCCUAGUGGUGGGAAUUUGAAUUUGGGGGAGUUGCUCAAGUACAAGUCUCAAGAAGGAGUGCGAGUUCUGUUGCUCGUUUGGGACGAUAAGACUUCUCACAGCAGAUUUUUUAUCAAUACGACGGGAGUUAUGCAAACCCAUGAUGAAGAAACCAGGAAGUUUUUCAAGCACUCUUCCGUCACAUGCGUGCUGUCACCUAGAUAUGCCAGCAGUAAGCUUAGCAUUUUCAAGCAACAGGUCGUUGGAACCCUUUUUACGCAUCAUCAGAAAUGUGUAAUAGUGGAUACACAAGCACCGGGUAAUAACAGGAAGAUAAGUGCGUUUAUAGGAGGUCUAGACCUUUGUGAUGGCCGCUAUGAUACACCUGAGCAUCGUCUAUUUCAUGAUCUUGACACAGUAUUUCAGGAAGAUUAUCACAAUCCAACUUUUUCUUCUGGAACUAGGGGUCCACGGCAACCGUGGCAUGAUUUGCAUUGCAAAAUUGAAGGCCCCGCAGCAUAUGAUGUGCUUAAAAAUUUUGAGCAACGUUGGAGAAAAGCCACGAAAUGGUCAGAAUUGGGGCAACGUUUUAAGAGGGUAUCUCAUUGGCAUGAUGAUGCUUUGAUAAAGUUGGAGCGCAUAUCAUGGAUACUUAGUCCGUCUUCAUCGAUUCCUGCCGAUGAUCCUGUGCUAUGGGUUUCCAAGGAAGACGAUCUUGAAAACUGGCAUGUUCAGGUUUUCAGAUCCAUUGACUCAGGAUCUUUGAAAGGAUUUCCCAAAGACGUUUUUGUAGCAGAGGCUCAGAAUCUUUUCUGUGCAAAAAACUUGGUCAUAGACAAGAGCAUUCAAACAGCAUACAUCCAAGCAAUCAGAGCUGCCCAACACUUCAUAUAUAUUGAGAAUCAAUAUUUUCUUGGAUCAUCUUAUGCAUGGCCCUCUUACAAGGAUGCAGGUGCUGAUAAUUUAAUCCCAAUGGAGUUGGCAUUAAAGAUUGCUAGUAAGAUAAGAGCCAAAGAGAGGUUCGCAGUCUAUAUUGUCAUACCAAUGUGGCCUGAGGGUGUCCCAUCUUCUGGUGCAGUACAAGAAAUACUCUUUUGGCAGGGCCAGACGAUACAAAUGAUGUAUGAAAUCAUAGCGCAAGAAUUGAAAUCCUCGAAUCUCGAGAAUUCUCAUCCACGGGACUAUCUGAACUUUUAUUGUCUUGGUAAUCGGGAAGAAUUGCCCAAAGGACAGUCCUUUUCAGCCGAUCAAACUCCCAAGAAUGGAGAAACGGUUUCAGCCUCACAGAAGUUCCAACGAUUUAUGAUCUAUGUACACGCCAAGGGAAUGAUAGUAGACGACGAGUACGUGAUAUUAGGGUCUGCCAACAUCAACCAAAGGUCUAUGGCUGGUUCAAGAGACACUGAGAUAGCCAUGGGUGCGUAUCAACCCCAUCAUACAUGGGGUAAGAGAAAGCGACAUCCACGUGGUCAGGUAUAUGGAUACCGAAUGUCGCUUUGGGCUGAACACUUGGGAUUGAUAGAUAAUUGCUUCAAAGAGCCUGAAAGUUUGGCUUGCGUGAAGCACGUUAACAAAGUUGCCGAAGAUAAUUGGACAAAUUUUACAGCAGAUGACUUCACGCCAUUGCAGGGCCACCUUCUGAAAUACCCAGUUGAAGUAGAUGCCAGUGGGAAGGUGGGUUCGAUGCCCGGGCGAGAGACUUUCCCUGAUGUUGGGGGUAAGGUGCUUGGAUCCCGUUCUACCCUUCCCGACGCUCUUACCACAUAGCUCCUCCCAGUUUUGUUCUUUAAUUUCAUGAGGAUUCACUUCAUUUCAAUCCUCAAAGAGUGGAUAAAUUAUAAACUACGGUUCCAACUACAAGAGCAAUCUUGGGUUGAGUUUAGGCUAGCUUGUUGUAAUUUGUUAUAUGUUAACAGACGAGUCAGUCCAAUUGGUUUCACGUUGUAACAUGUAAUUUAUUUCACAUUGGACUCAUUACCCUCGUGGUAUUAUUCAGUUCUUUUUUUUUGGUAAUUAACCUCAUGGUUUGUUAAAGAUUUGGACUUUGAGUCCUGCCUACAUCUCUCUUGCCCUUG